AUGGGGGACAAUGGGAACGGCCAGACCGAAGCUAGACCAUAUAGAAUGAUGGUCUACAAAACCGGCGAGGAUUGGCCAGGAACAUCGGGAGGAGGCAGCCAAACUAUUGGUGGCAUAGGUGGAAACUCAUCCAAUGGCGGCGGUAGAGUGAACACUGGUGGUGGAAGCCAUAAUGGCGGAGGAGAUGGAACCAACGGUGGCGGGAACGCUAGGACUGGUGGUGGCGGCGAAGGGAAUAUGAAAAACGGUGGUGGAGAGGGAGGAGGAGGUGAAGGAACAAGCGGCGCAGGGGGUGGUGGUGGUGGUGAUGGAACUAGAGGCGGUGGAUUCGGCCUUGGACGUGGCGAUGGACGCGGUGGUGGUGGAGAUGGAACUAAAGGUGGUGGACGUGGUCUUGGACGGGGUCUUGGACGUGACGGUGGACGAGGUGGAGGUGGAGAUGGAACCAACGGUGGUGGACGGGGUCUUGGACGCGGUGGUUGA